AUGGAGGAUACAAGGGACACCAAGGCUGUCCCCCAUCUUAUCCCACUUGCUUCCGCCCCCGCAAGGACCCUCCCCCUUGACGCGCACAAUGGCUCCUCCGAAGCCGACCCGUUGACCCCAGUCAGCUUCAACUGCCAAGCCUGUGUGCGCAAGAAGAUCAAGUGCGACCGCGCGGUGCCCAAGUGCGCCAGCUGCAUCAAGACCAAGCUCGAAUGUGUCUAUCAGCCACGGCUGCCACGGCGCAAGAGGAAACGUAGCCGGGACGAGGAAGACGUACAUAAACGGCUGGCACGUUACGAGCGCAUCUUGCACGACCACAACCUCCUUCCGACCACGCCGCUGCCUCGAUCACCAGCAGCUCCGACUCCAGGGCCAGCGAAUUCGCAGGUUGACGCCACGGCGAAUAAACUGCUUUCCAUUAAUGGUAAUUCUCGCUACAUUGACAAUGUUCUGUUCCUCGACUCUGGGGAAGGUGACCUAUGUGAGUUGUCCGGGUCCGAGCAAGAAAACUAUCACGAAGACGAGCCUGGAUCCGACAAAGCCACUCCGACCGGUCUUCUCGGUGCCCUUGCCGCGCAUUCUAUCUCGGACGCAAUUCUCAGAAGAACGAUAAGCCUCACCGACCUUCACCCUAGCUAUGAGCAUGCGGUCAAGCUCUGGCAUACCUACGUUGAGAACGUCGAGCCACUUUGCAAGGUUCUUCAUGUUCCGACGGUCGCCAAGAUGGUUGACACCGUCUCAAGCACCCAGCGACCGCCUCGAAGAACGAUGAAUGCGUGCUGUUUGCCAUCUAUCAUUUCGCCUCACCCAGGCAUUAGUAAAUGUGUCUUGGCUCAAGACGACCGCGAUGCCGGUUUUACAGGCUUACAUACUCUUUCUGAUCGCUUUGCUGCCACUCAGAUCGAUUCUCAUACCUUCUGGAUUUUGACUGGGAUUGCAAUUCGCCUAGCCCAACGCAUAGGACUGCACCGGAACGGCGAAAGCCUCGGAUUGCCCCCAUUUGAGGUCCAGAUGCGCCGGCGGCUUUUUUGGCAACUGCUACCCCUGGACGGCUACGUGGGUCAAACAUCUGGCACGGGUAUAUCCCUCUCACCCGAUAGCUGGGAUACUAAGCAACCGUUAAACAUUAACGAUGACCAGAUCUUCCCUGGCAUGACCGAGCCGCCUCAUGACCGACGAGGCGCAUCGGAGAUGAUCUUUGCUUGUCUCGGAUGGAGCUGGGUCAAGCUGAAGGAAAAAGGGGGUACAAUCCAGUUCCGGGAUCCCGAGGAUAUUGAGCGGCUGAUCGACGAGGUCGAAGACAUCAUUGAGACGAAGUUUUUGCGGUACUGUGACAUCUUGAACCCCUUACACUUUCUGACCACCGGCGUUAUGCGAUCGGCUAUCUGUGCCGUCCGGUUGCGUGCGCGGACGCCGCUGCUCAUGCAAGAAACCAUCACCGACGCACAGCGGAGACAACUCUGCACCCUUGCCGAAAAGGUACUCGACACCAGCAGUGCUAUCUUUAGCAAUCCCGCCACGCAAAAGUUUCGGUGGCAGAUGCAAGCGUUUUUCUUGUGGGAUUCCCUCCUCUGUAUUCUGAGAAGCAUCGCGAAGGUUGGAUUUUACUCGCCAUCAGAGCUCGAUGAUGCCUGGAAAAGGGUUUCAGAGGUCUACGCGAAUCACGAAGCACUGGUCCAGGGCCGAAGAACCCUGUACGUUACGAUUGCUAAGGUCACUUUGAAGGCCUGGCUAGUAAAUUCGCCUCGUAAUUCAUCUCCCGAGCCAGCUUUCAUUACCGCACUGCGCGCUCAACGCGAAUCCAAAGGUAUCGACAAGCGGGAUGACAGCGUAUUUUCGGUCGACCAAGCUGCGGAUGGGGCUUUUCUUUCAACGAGCUUUUCGACGACAUAA